CCGAGUCUCAAGUGUGAGGAAGCUCAGCCCGGUGUACACACUUCACGCAAACCGGGAACGACUUGAUUGAGAUAUGGGGUGUAGGCUUCCUAAAUUGCGGAAGGCAGAAGAGAGGCGAAGCCCGGGCAAUAUCUACUCCACCCUUCGACGGCCACAGGUAGAGACUAAAGUGGGCGUGGCAUACACCUACCACUUCCUGGAUUUCCUGUUGGGAAAAGAAGAGGUGGCGGUGUCCUCGGUGCUUUGUCUCUCCUCGGUCAGAGAGCUACCGGUUCAGGUCCGGGAACUCUACGCGCAGGGUUUCGUCCUGGUCGCCGUCCACCCUUUUGUCCAUCCCUGCGGCCCGAGUCACGCACACAUCCAGCGCCAGCUGCACCGGGCCGUGCUGGUCCGAGAGACGCCGAGUUCAGAAAAAAGCCAACUGAGGUGGGCAAGACAUCGUCUGGAGACAGACGUGUGUGUGGCAGGUCAUCAGGCUGCGGACCCAGAGGUGAUCCAGAGCUAUGUCAAGAGGAUCCAGGACGUAGCGGAGCAAGGAGUGAUGUUCGUGGGCUUUCUCCAGCAGCCGGGUGGAGGACCCUGCUACUUGGGCCACUGGGAUCCCGAAGAGCUGUCCUCCUUACAUUCAAGCCCUUCACCCAUCCGUCGACACCCCUUCAGCGCCAACAACAGCCCGACAGACCCUCCAGAGCCACACCACGACGACACCGAAGCCGACCAUCACCACUUUGAACCUCAAGGGUUCCAUCUUGAAGGUGUAGAAAACAACACACGGGACCGCAACCCAAAAGAACCAGACUUCAGCCCGCCGAAACCCAGACGGAGUUCAGAGCUGAAUCGAGAAGGGUCCAAUGAGCAAAUCCACACCUUGCAGAUCAGCCUCAAAGAGUCACUAGAAUCUGCAAAGCAACUUCAAAGUCACAGCAAGCCCAGUGGAGACGCAGUUCAGUGGCGUUCAAAUCAAAACCCGACAGACGCCCAAGAGGACCAGCGGUGUCCCAGCGCUCCAGAAGCUGCUGGUAUAAUACGGCAGACGAAGGACGGCCAUCUACCAGAACCCGCAGAGAAACACUUGAACCUUUCCAACCAGAGAGAAGGACAAAGCUCAAGCUCCGACAGCUGGCCGAGCUCUCCUGAGCUGGACGGACACCACAAGAGGAAGUCCAGCUCCACAGACGGGCGGAGCAGUUUGACGACGCACAACAACAACAACCAUAUCCGGCUCAAGGGUUCAGAGAAAGAUAAGAGUGCAACUUCACCUCCAGCGCAGGGCGGGAUGCAGCUCUUUGCCUUGUACAACCACACAGGGGAGGUGAACACUUCCGUGAGGUUCUACUCGCUCCGGGUGCCACUCUUAAUACAAAAGGAAGCCGGCUUAAUCACGGACAUUGACACACACUGGCUCGACCACAUGACUCAGCAUUUCACCAGCGGCGCGCACCUCAUCGACGGGUUUUUCCACCCGGGAGACGAUAACGAAAAUGGGGUUUCAUCUGUGGACAGUGUGUUCAUCUUCCAGAGAUCCGCAGAGGAGACCACAAACGCCUCCUACGACGCCAUCGUGGUCGAGCAGUGGACCGUUGUUGAUGGCGUCGCGGUGAAGACGGACUACAUCCCCUUGCUCCAGUCUCUGGCUCCUUAUGGAUGGAGGCUGAUGUGCGUGUUACCCACACCCAUUGUCAAGACAAACAGUGACGGGAGUCUGUCGACCAAGCAAAUCCUCUUCCUUCAGAGACCCGUUUUGCAGCGCAAGAGAAAAGACUUCAAGAAGCUGAACCUCCGGGGUCGCAGCAAGACAAAGAAAAAGUCGACUGUAGAAAUGCAAGAGGAGAGAGAGAACAUGUCCCCGCUGAUGGAGACGGAGAUGGAUAGGUUGAGAAGAAACACAAAACAAGAGGAGGAGGAGGAGGAUGAGGAAGAAGAGGCCGGACGGAGGAAGAGCAGGGACAGCGGAAGAGAGCAGCUGGAAGAGGAUGCACGGCAUCAAAGGGGCUUCUUCUACCUUUCGGGGAGCAGGGCGUCUGUUGAGGAAGAGGAAACGGACAUUGAUAACAUCCCUCUGUCUGAGCAAGAGAAGUCGGAGAGAUGGACAGAUGUGUGCAAGAGAGAUGAUGGAGGAGUCAAGGAGGAGCUGAAGAUGGAGGAGCGCAUCAAACAGCAGCUGUUUUCCGGCGUCUGUUGA